AUGUUUAACGUCGUCAAUAUUUGGGCCCACAAUGAUGACUUCGUCUCUUUCGAAUCCAUUUAUAAUGCGCUGUCAAUACCAGUGUCUAUCGUUGGCAUCAAUUCCGCCGGUGGUCCCGCUGCCGGUGUCAUUCCCGAGUCGAUCACCCCGUCAGCUGCAGCGGCCUCAGAUGGCUAG